ACUCCACAACCCCUUCUCCAUUAGAGAGGAUGCCCUUUCCAGUAUGCUGAACGUGUCUGUUUUAGGAAACACACCCACAGUGAGGUGGUUUCCCAGGGAUGACAGCAGACAGUGGUGGCAAAGCUGGACAAACCAGUGUGGAACUUGUGGGGAAGUUACCCUUGCCCUGUGGAGUCCAGGCCUCCGUGAUCUCAUCGUGUGUCCCUUGUCCCCUGGCAGCAGGUGUGUGCUGGGGUGGAGAGACAGAGACUCCCCUGGCCAUUCUCUGUAAAACUCAACUUCAUGAGAAAUUCCAGACUCAUCAGAACAGCCAGACCCACAGGGUAGUGGCAAAAGAACUCUGGGAACAGGGCUUUCUGUGGACCCCAAAACAGUGUCGCAGCAAGUUCAACUGCCUAUAGUUGAGAUACCAUAAAGUGAGGGAGACUGUUGCUGAGCCAUAUGUCCUUGAUGAGGAAACGGAUACCCUGUCAAGCUCCUGGGCCUCUGCACCCAUGGUGGCAAGCAGUGCUAUUCUUGGCCAAGAGGGAAGGGUUACGGAGUUUGUGGGGAUAAGUCAGCAGAACGGGGAGCCCAGAGGUAAGAGAAGGGGCUAUGUGGAUAGUGCAGCCAGAGAUGAAAAGGACUUCUGGAAUCCUGGCCAGGGAGGUAGGAGACGUGACCUGCCAGUUCUGUUCCCACACAGUGCUGGUAGGAGUCUUGGCUCUGAUGCACAAAGGACACAGGACCACCCAGAAGGCCUUAGCCUACCAUUCAAGUGGGAGCUGCCCCUGCUACUGGUGUGGUUACUGCCUUGAUGGAUGACCUUCCACGGGCCAGGGAGUCUGGCUCUCUCAGCAGUGAGGCUGUUUCCUCUGCCCUUCAGGGCCCAAGUCCGUAUCUGCCAGCCUCUUUCACAGAGCGCAUGUCAUUUUUCCUGUACAGCUCCUUGCGUUGGCUUCCUCAGGUCAGGCCUCCAGCCGAGACUUUCCUCUUCCCUCCUCCUCUAGUAUGAUCCUCCUUUCCUGACAAAGUGUCUGCUGGUCAGGUGCUCGCAACACACUUUCUUCUCAUUUGUGCCAAACUUGGGAAGGCCUUUGGUUAGGCUGUCAAAAAUUGAGAUGAAACCUGCAGACAGACUGGCAGGUGACACAGAGCUGGCCUCCCUGCCUCAGUUUUGUCACUGUGUCCAAACAUCCAAAAAGGGACAGAACAAGAGGAAAGUAGGUGGAAUUUAGGGGUAUUUACCUGUGAACCCAGGGUUUGGAGCUUGAAAAUAUUACAACUGGAAAAUGAAAUUAGACUAUUAAUUAGUAGAAGACUAAAUCCUAUGAUGUAUUCCAUGUAGAUAUUCUUGAUGGUGCUUUAGUUGUAACUUUCCUCAUUCCUGCCUGUCAUUUUCCAGAGUCCAGCAUGUUUCUGUUCUCUCAGGUCUUGAGAUCAUGAAUGGAAUUAAAAACGAGAAUCAAAAAUGGGAAGAUCCAGAGGAGGCAGAAGUGAAGAAGGCCCUUUGGAGAAAGUCUAGUGGCCUUUUUUUGCCACCCUGAGACCAAGACAGACAGGAAGGGUGAGCCUAUGCCGAGAGAGCCACAUAGACGUUCUCCAGAUGAGCGUGAGGGGACGGCCCUGUCCCAGGACGGGAGGGGGGGGUGCAGCAGACACCCUGUGCUGGAGAGAAGGCCCGAGCAAAUCUGAGCAUAGAAACCUGCUCUCAGGGAUCUCUCUGUCGCCACCAGCCAGGCCCCAAACUGGAAAAAGCUUCUAAGUGUCAGGAAUGUGGGAAAAGCUUCAGCCGAGGUCCUUACCUUGUUUGGCAUCGGAGAAUCCACACGGGAGAAAAGCCUCACAAGUGCGGCGAAUGCGGGAAAGGCUUCAGCGAGUGCUUCGACCUCACUGCCCACCUAAGGACGCACACGGGGGAGAGAGACCCUACCGCUGUGGGCAGUGUGGGAAAAGCUUCAACCAGAGGUCCGGCCUCAGUGUCCACCGGAGGACCCACAAUGGGGAGAAGCCUUACCGGUGCACCGUCUGUGGGAACACCUUCAACAACAGCUCCCAGCUCAGCGCUCACCGGUGAGCCCACGCCCGGCGGAGCCCCCACCCGUGUGCGCAGCGCGGGAGAAGCUUCGGCAGCAGUUCCCACUCCAGUGGCCACGAGAAAACGCACACCGGGGAGAAGCCUCACAACUGCUCUGUGUGAGAGAAGCUUCGCUAAGCUCCGUGCCCCCAUCUGCCAUCAGGGGGCACACGAGGACGUCACCUCACAUCGCCAGAAAGGGACACACGGUACGGGGCUGGAGAGCCAACAGGCCAAUUCCGUACGAUGACGGGUCUCGUGGAGGUUCUGUCUGCUCGCGGAGGCUUCUGCUAGCCAGUCCCAGGCUCCCAGGCGCAGCAGGAGACUCACAAGUGGACCUGGAGAACCUCGGGCAGGAGUAGCAAUCGGCAUGAGAACGCCGAGCUUGCUUUCCCGGUCUGCCUGUGACCCACAGUCCCGUGUCACCGUGGACUUCAUCUGCUCUCAAGAAAGGGGGCUGCGGGAUCCAAAGUCCUGCCAGAAAUCGAGGGUAACCGUGUUCCGAACAGAGGAUAGGUGGCUAGGGGCCUGGGAAGCGUUCCUGGGGCAGGUCAGGGGAGAAAUUUUCCCUCAUGGGAAGCACAUCUCGAAGUUAACCACCUAGAUGUUUCCUAACCCAAUAAUGACCUGUAGGCAUCUGCUUGCAGGAACGUCUACCUCCGAGUCGAUCACUGCUGUGUAUCCCAGUCAUCCAGAGAAGACGGCAGAGCUGGAGGGAUGGCUCAGGCCACCAGGUACUACUACUCUAAGUGACUUAAUCUCAGAGCAAGUGUGACACCUGGGUUCCUCUAAGAUUUCUCCCAUGUAUGGCCCCGACCCAGGUUCCUGCUUUCUGGUCUGGUACAGUUAACGGUUUCCACAGGUUCAUACGCAUCACUGUUUCUGAAGAAAAUAAAGGUGUUUCUCUCUCCGC